CAAAUUACAGCCCAUAGAGGGAGCUUUUCCUUCUCCAGGAGGAGGAUGGUCCCCGGAGAAGACCGACGAGGAUGAACUCAAUCGGCACGUACAUUGUCGAACCCGACUCAAGAGGCCAUAGAGAAAGCGAACAUGACACGAGGGCUGGCUCAAAGAGGACCAGAAUAUAGAUCUCAAUACUGAGCCUGCACAGCCUGGUCCUCCUAUCCUUUCUCACCUGAAAAAGAUUUUGACCUGAACAAGCCCCUCGAGGAACGGUGACAAAGAGGAUCAUGCGCCAAUUGACAUGCAAAAUUCAGGGCAAGAAAAGAAGUAUAUUAUUGACGAGCCAAGAGCUAUACGAGGGAAAAUUAUCUAAUUGACGCUUCUAAUGCAAAAUUAAGGGUGAGCGAGUCCAUUGGAUGAACUCUUUUCCUGCCUUUGUUCUUGAAAUAUUUCACUGCCCUCAUCCAAGGAGGCAGAUAUUGUGUGUAAAUUGUGAGAAAUCGGCACCAAAAAGGACUGAAAUGAACAUUAUAAAAAUGUUGAUGCACUUAAAGUUAAAGAGACCAUGUGGAUACCAUAUCACCAUGUCAUCACUCACCAUAAGAUGCCACAUCAUUGCUAACGAUAAACUGAUAAUGGGAUAAGAGGGAGAUGGCCUGACGUUUAGUCUUUCCAUUUUUAGGAGAGAGCAGAACAUCAAAUGUAAUGGCAUUUGUAAUGAUAGCCAGACAAGCUCUGUUUCAGUUGAAGAGCAGCACGAGUGUAAAGGCUUGCGUUAAAGAGUGUAAACAUGAUAAUUCUAACAGCAACGUUGUUCAACUUCCUGAGAAGACUCGCAACUCAAGCGUUCUUGUACUGGGUGGAACGGGUCGGGUCGGUGGGUCCACUGCCACUGCUCUCUCCAAGUUCUGCCCUGACCUUAGAAUUGUGAUUGGUGGUCGAAACAGGGAAAAAGGUGCUGCGAUGGUGGGUCAAUUGGGGAGGAACUCCGAGUUCACUGAAGUCAACAUUGAGAAUGUAGACUCAUUGGGAGCAGCUCUGAAAGAUGUAGAUCUUGUCGUUCAUGCUGCAGGGCCUUUUCAACAGGCAGCGAAAUGCACUGUACUUGAAGCUGCCAUAGAGACCAAGACAGCAUAUGUUGAUGUUUGUGAUGAUACAAGCUAUGCAUUGCGUGCAAAGUCCUUCAAGGAUAAAGCCUUAGCUGCAAAUAUUCCUGCCAUAACAACUGGUGGAAUCUAUCCAGGAGUGAGCAAUGUCAUGGCAGCAGAGCUAGUACGUGCUGCGAAAACUGAAAGCAAGGGAAAGCCCGAGAGGCUGAGGUUCUACUACUAUACAGCAGGCAGUGGUGGUGCUGGUCCAACCAUACUAGCUACUAGUUUCUUACUUCUUGGUGAGGAGGUUGUUGCAUAUAAUAAGGGAGAAAAGAUCAAACUAAAGCCAUAUAGUGGAAUGCUUAACAUCGACUUUGGAAAGGGGAUCGGAAAGCGAGAUGUUUACCUGUUGAAUUUACCUGAAGUUCGAAGUGCUCAUGAUGUCCUAGGAAUACCAACAGUCAGUGCUCGAUUUGGAACUGCACCAUUCUUUUGGAAUUGGGGAAUGUCAGCCAUGACAAAUCUUCUGUCUCCAGAAUUUCUGAAGGACAGGACCAAAGUCCAACAGUUGGUUCAGUUGUUUGACCCUCUAGUCCGAGCAGUUGAUGGGAUUGCUGGAGAGCGUGUUUCAAUGAGGGUUGAUUUGGAGUGCACAGAUGGGCGCAAUACACUUGGUUUAUUUAGUCACCGGAAACUCUCCGUUUCUGUGGGAAAUGCAACAGCUGCUUUUGCUCUUGCAGUUCUUGAAGGUAGCACGCAACCAGGGGUCUGGUUUCCCGAAGAGCCUGAAGGAAUUGCAAUUGAGGCAAGAGAACUUCUUCUGAAUCGUGCAACAGAAGGAACGAUUAAUUUUAUAAUGAACAAGCCACCUUGGAUGGUGGAAACAGACCCAAAAGAGCUUGGAUUGGGAAUAUACGUGUGAGAAUUCUCGGAGAGCUAUCCAAGCAUACUGCAUUUUUCUUCCUCGGUUUUGCUACUAUACACUUAAAAAGGUAUUACAAUUCAGGACUCAGGUGGUGGAGAUUACAGAUUUAUCCGGAGGUUUUCAUUUAGCACUAAAGGUUGCAGACUGUUCAGAGGUUUACUCUUUUGAGGAUAUUCAUGAAAAUAGUAAACCACCUUAAUGAACUAAGGAAACAAUUCUAAUUUUUCACUCAAGUAUAAGUUGUAAAGUACGUACACUUUUGAACACGUUUAAUCCUCUGAUUACAUGAUCGAACUACUUCUUCGAAUAUGAAGAGAACAAGGGUUUGAAGAGGUA